CACUAGGCAAGUCAAUGUUGGUUGGAGCCUGAGGCCUCCCAGGACGGCUGACCAAUAACAGUUAAUGGACUAGUUUUCCCCGCAUUUCCUGGGGAAGUCUCACUCUGUCAGCACAACAGUCUCUUUUUCUCUCUUUCACCAACAAUACCUUUACUGUUACGACACUCUGCAUGGACAUCCUGCGAUAGCCGCCAUGUCGCAGGCAUUAUCUUACAUUAAGAGUGUCGUCGACCUCGUAGAGGACUGGGCAGAUCGCACUUCCCUCCGCACUGUGGCUGGCGUGCUCGGCCUUGUUUCCUCUGCAGCUACCAAUGCACGCCUUAGCAACUCUCUUGGGUGUGCCGGCUAUACAGCCAAGCAUGUAACACAGUCGUCGACCUCACUCACAGCUACACUUCACCUUGCAGGUGAGCCGUGUAACGUUUAUGGCCCAGAUAUACGUGAUUUGAAGCUGCUGGUUGAGUACCAAACCGAUAGUCGUCUUCAUGUGAAAAUCUACGACGCGGCAGAAGAUGUAUACCAGAUUCCACGUGACGUGCUCGCGUUUCCGGAAGGAAGCAAUGACACUUACAGCGACGGCCUGCUCACGUUCUCGUACACUGAGAGCCCGUUUUCAUUCGCUGUCCAGCGUAGUGAUACCAAAGAAACCCUGUUCAAUACCUCUGGCGAUGCACUAGUCUUCGAGCCUCAAUACGUGCAUCUUCGUACAUCUCUGCCAACCGAUCCAUACAUCUACGGACUCGGCGAAGAUGUUGAUUCGUUCCGUCGACAGACUGACAAUUACAAGCGAACGAUAUAUAACGUUGGAGAUGCGUUCUUGCCCGAACACGCCAAUCUGUAUAGCAGUCACCCGAUAUAUUUAGAAAUGCGCGAUGGCAGUGCCCAUGGCGUGUUUCUCGCGAGUAGUAACGGUAUGGACGUUUUCAUCGCGAAGACAGCAGAAGGUCAGCAGUACCUUGAGUACAAUGUCAUCGGUGGUGUCCUUGACUUUUACUUCCUUGCCGGCCCGAGCCCAGUCGACGUCGGGAGGCAGUAUGCCGAGGUGGUGGGCGCGCCCGCGGAGCAAGCGUACUGGACAUAUGGAUUUCAUCAGUGCAAAUUCGGGUACAGUGAUGUCAUGAUGGUUGCCGAGGUUGUGACGAAUUACUCUGAAGCCAACAUUCCAGUGGAGACCAUCUGGUCGGAUAUUGAUUACAUGAAUCUCCGUCGCACGUGGACACUGGAUCCUGACAGAUUCCCCAUUCACAAGGUCCGGGAAUUAGUCAACUAUCUGCAUGAGCAUGAUCAGCACUAUGUAGUGAUGGUUGAUCCCCCGAUCUCAGUUGACGAUCCACAGUCGUAUGAUAAACUGAUGGAAAGUGAGGCAUAUUUCCGAAAUGAUGAUGGCUCUGUUUUUCUCGCUGGGAUGUGGCCUGGUGCUACUGCAUUUGUCGAUUGGUUUCAUCCGAAUGCGCAAGAGUAUUGGGGCGGUCAGCUCUUGUCUUUCUUUGACGCGGAGACGGGGGUAGAUGUCGAUGCGAUGUGGAUUGAUAUGAACGAGCCUGCCAACUUCUGCCCAUAUCCAUGUGAAGACGCAGUAGCCUGGUCCAAAGCAGCCGGCCUUCCACCACCACCACCGCAACUACGAGACUCAUGGCGCCCAUUACCCGGAUUCCCAUCUGACUUCCAGCCGUCAAGCAGCGGGUUAAAACCGCCUAAAACUCUCAGCAAAAGGAAAGGAAAAAGUGGCCAGCGACUCGGUCUGCCCGGGAGAGAUCUGCUGAACCCUCCUUAUCCACUGGGCACAGUCGAUGGAAUCAUUUACGGAGGCACGAUCUUUACAGACAGACAUCAAUAUGGUGGUUACGCGUUUUACGAUACGAAGAACCUCUUCGCAACUAGUAUGAUGCAGGCAACUCGAAAGGCCAUGCUCGACCGUCGGCCUAACAAACGGCCGCUGAUCAUAUCACGUUCUACCUUUGCAGGCGACGGCAAGCAAUCUGGACAUUGGACGGGAGACAACAUCUCUUCCUGGGCCCACUACCGAAUCUCCAUCCGGCAAAACAUGGAAUUCGCAGCAAUAUUCCAAAUGCCCACCAUCGGAGCUGACGUCUGCGGCUUCAACGCUGAGACGUGGGAAACGCUGUGUUUGCGCUGGGUAGCUCUAGGUGCCUGGUACCCAUUCUUCCGCAACCACGCCGACAUUCAAGCGCCCUUCCAAGAAUUCUACCUCUGGCCGGCCGUCGCAGACGCCGCGCGCGCAGCCAUCAAGACUCGCUAUCAGCUACUCGACUACUUCUACACGGAAUUCCACUACCAAACCGUUGACGGCACACCAACCACAAUCCUCCCGCUUUUCUUCGUGUACCCGUCUGACCCGAACACCCUCGACAUCGAAAUGCAGUUCUUCUACGGCUCGGCACUGCUCGUUUCGCCUGUGACCGACGACGAGUCGACCUCGGUCACAUUCUAUCUGCCGGCAGAUACCUGGUACGACUUUUUCACAGGUGAGAAGCUUACUGUUUCCGAGGGGACAUGGGUUACCCGUGAGAACGUGGCAUAUGACGAGAUUCCCGUACAUAUUCGCGGCGGGACGGUUGUGCCAAUGCGCGUGGACGGGGCAAAUACGACGACGCAGCUCCGGAAGCUAGAUUUCGAGUUAAUCGUCGCGCCGGGGACGGAUGGGACGGCGCGGGGGAGACUGUAUCUGGACGAUGGGGAGAGUCUGGAGCAGGACGUUGAGCGGACGAGUGAGAUUUCGUUCGAGUAUGAUUCAGGCACGAAGAAGUUGCAUGUGCGUGGCCGGUUUGGGUAUCCGACCGAUGUGAGGGUGGUUCGUGUGAGAGUGCUAGGGGAAGCGGUUAGGAGACAUGGACAGCAGCAGGUCCCAAUGGGCACGAAGCUGGGUCGGACGGUGGAGAUUGACCGGUCGUUGGAAGAAGGGUUUAGUGUUUAUCUUGGUUAGGAUUGGUACAUACGUGUGUACAUGGGCGGAGGUAUGGAUUAGUAUGAAUGAAUACA